UAAUUGGCGAGCUGGGCGUCAAGGCUAGGGAAAGGGCGCCCAAUGGGAGCCUGGAAAGGCCGUCCCCGCCGGCCAAUCAGCGGCGGCCGCUAAAAUUUGAAUCCGAGCUGAGGCGGAGGCCGUUCGCUCGCCCGCUCGGCGCUUCCAAUCGGGCCCUGAGAGCCAACCAGGGAGGCGGAGGUGCGAAGGGAAGGCCGGAGACCAGGCCUCACGGUUUUAUCUGGUAGAGGCAGGCAAACCUUGUCACCUCCACGUCAUAUCUAAAACAGAGAAGAUGGCGAGCAAUUAUACUACUCGAUAUAAAAAGGACCUGAGUACUCAGACCCUCAAGGCGAAAAUUGUCCGCCGGAAAUCUCUUUUGCAGAAAGAGAGCAGGCACAAGGAGUUCAACAGAGGUCGGCAGUUUGGCCCCGUGGAUGUCAACACGCAGGCAGCAAGAGACAGGGAGCUUUCUCGGCUGGAUGAGUCCGGUGAAGUACACUCACCAAAGAGCAGUGCAAAGCCCAGUCAGCUCUCAAAUGCUACAGCUAAGACUCGGGGCCAGGAGCGCCUUGAAAUGCUCCAACGUUACAAAGCUGAAAAAGAACUUCGGAAGUUGAAAGAGCAGAGAGAGAAGCCUAUAUUUAAAUGUGGACGAUUCCAACCGGAAGGUCCUUCCUUCCUCCCGAAAGCAUCACAGAUCCCGGUGCUGACCAAAGGAAAGGAGAGGAAACCGUCGACCACUGAAGUACCAUCCGUAAGAGUAACAAGAUCAAAGGCAAAGAACCAGUUGCAAGAACCGGUUAGACCUCAGCUUCCUGUGGUUUGUCUUUCAUUUUUUCCUUAUUAUUUGAGUAAGAUCCCCAAGUACGCCAGCAAAAGUGUGUCGCAAGCAGCUCAGCAGAAGCAGAUCUACAUAGACAAAACUCUCAAAAAAGAGAGCAAAGAGGUACAGCGUCCAGCCUCCACCAUCCCCAAUGGAAGAAUCACAAGAGGAGCAGCAGCUGCGAAGACCAAAAUACCACAGGUUUCAAGGCCGGCUGCAGCUAUAGGUAAUCCACCACAAGGUGUAAAUAAAGGGAGGCAGCAAAGAGGUGUCAAAGACAAAGGGGCCGCGGUGUGUGAGAUGGAAGAGAACCCACUGGCGCUGCCACCCAUGGAAGAAGUGACAGUCCAGUCGAGGGCAAGCCCUGAGCCGCACGAGGCUUUCCCUGAGAAAGAAAACCUGCCUCCUUCUCAUAUCCCGGGCCCUGCCCUGUCCAGGAGAACGCGGUCCUUUGCCCCUCAGAACUUUGUCUUCAAGCCUCUGGAGGGCUUGGCUGCCUACCGAGUGAAACCGAUGAGCCCGUCCCGAGCCAACGUAUUCCUGUCGCCCAACCUCGUCUGGAGUCCUGUGAACUGCGCCAGCGGAGUCCCUGGAGAAGGGGCAGAAGAAAAUGGGCCAAAGGACUGCAGUCUGAAAUAUCAAACCUCCCCUGAGCCUAAGGAAGAUCCUCAGGAGCAUCACUUGGGGGUGGAGUCAAGUGCACCUGAGGAAGAAUGUGUUCCUCUGGAGAAGUUGGAUGUCACUCCCUCGGAAAGAGAAAAAAUCCUUCAGUCUGAGACACAGAGGCUGGCGUCGCAUUGUGAGCAGUGGGAUGGGACAGCAGAAACGGACAUCCCGGAAGAUGCUAAAGACCUCGUCCGCACAACCAUCGGGCAAACCCGGCUACUGAUAGCUGAGAGGUUCAAGCAGUUUGAAGGGCUGGUGGAUAACUGCGAGUUCAAACGCGGUGAAAAGGAGACAACCUGUACCGACCUGGAUGGAUUUUGGGAUAUGGUCAACUUCCAGAUAGAAGAUGUGAAUAAAAAAUUUGAGAACUUGAAGACGCUUCAGGUGAAUGGAUGGCAAGCAGUGGAGGAUGUCCAGUCCAAAAAGCCUUCCAAGAAAAAGGGCCCUCCUCCUUUUCCCAGGGCAACGAAGGCAAGGUGUGGGUCUGCCGAAAGGAAAGCAGCCCGUAAGCGCCUGGCCGCCAUCAAGGCGGCGGUGAAGAGCAAGAUGAAGCCGGAGGGGCCAAUAGCAGAGGUUUCAGAACCGGAAAGGCCGGCCUCCGCAGAGACCUUGGUCUUCGACGGAGGGUUCUUCCAAAUCGAAUCUCCUGCCAAGCCUUUGCCAGGUUGGACUCCUAGAUCGUCCAGCAGGCCUUCCAGGCGGGCCACCCCGAGGUCUGUCACCCGGGCCCUGCUUCAGAGUUGCGCAGAUACUUGUGUUGUCCGGCACGGCACCCUGACACCAUCAUUGCCAGGUCUGAAUGGAUCCGUGGGUCCUCGGGCAAGGGACCUCCUCGAACACAGUGACAUCCAAGCUGCGAAGGAACCAGGUCUGGCAACAGAAGGCAGAGGAGAAGAAGCUAUUGUGAGUAGUGUUUUAAUGGAGACCCAGAGAGCCACCGGCGACAGCAGGCCCUGUUCAGCCAAUGCAGAGCGCUUGGGCUCAGCCAGUUUUCAAGGGCUGGAAAGUCCCUCUGUUUUAAAUGAAGCCCCAGAAACGAUGGGAGAAGUUGGAAGUCCUCUGGAAAAUUUGAUUGAGAACCACAUCCUGUACGGUCCGGAAAAAGGGUCCCAGAUGGAAGGAGUUGAUUCUUGGACUGAGGAACAGCACCCUCUCGAAGGCCCUCUUCUUGAGGACUUUUCCAGUGGCGUCGCCUGUGAUGAUGGAGAUACUGAUUGCCAGCCAAACCCAGAUGCCAGCCUUCUCUUCACCCCGCUCCGGAGCAAAGCCGAGAAUCACGUGGGAGCCACUGUGUGCGAUGACCUUAUUGCGUUUUCUCCCCUUUCACUCCCGGGAGGAGGAAAGGAAUACGAUGGAUUAAUCCAGAGUUAAUACUGGAGGUGUACGAAGCUUGAGAAAGAUGACAUCCACACACUGAAGGAAUUGGAGAAAAGGCUUUCUAUUCGCUUUUUAUGGAUUUUUUGUUCCAUUACAUCUUUUUAGCUUAGUUUCUCAGAGAUGGGGGCGGGGCGUCUGCUGGAAAACAGACCUCAUUUCUGUGUUGUAGGAUGUAAGUGCUAAAGUUCUUCUGUGGCCUAUAUUUUUAACUUUCUGUAUUUAGUUAUAUUGUUUAUAAAGAAGUUCCCUCUGAAUGGGCUUGACUGCACCUAUAGGUGAAACGUUUCAGGUUCCCAAAAUUUGUAAAUAAAGGUCAUCAGUUGGCCAGGAGGGUUUGUGUGUGUGUGUAAGAAAAAAAAACUUUUAAUACUUUGACAGAUGUUGUCUUUAAAAAUGGUCCAGAUACCUUAAUCUUAUUACUCAAAUAUGAUUUACUCCAAUAUUUGAUGGAAAUAUUAAACUUACAUUAAAAGGUUUUGUCUCAUGCA